AGAUAAGUAUUAGUCGUUUACUUAGUAUAAGAGAUUGAAUAAUAAAUAUCAAAAAAUGGGUUCAUUUUUCAGUUGUUUAGUUAAUUGGUUGUGUUGUCGAUCACAACAACGACAACAAAAACAACAGAUAAAGAAUGGACCGAUUAGUGGAAACAAAGAGAUUGGAUGGGCUAAGACAUAUCAGAUGGAAGAUAUGGGAGAACAGGCGGUUAACAUCAAAGAUAUUAAGCCAUCGAUUCUUCCGCAAGAUUUCGAUGCAAAUACAGACGUAUCAAACAUAGAGAUUCCUGAAGACGAUAACUAUAAUGAAAAUGUUAAGAAAGAAAUUAACAAAAGAAUGUUAGAGUUAUCGUCGAUAUCUGUGGGCGAAGGCGCCAACGGAAUCGUUUACAUUGCAUACCAAUUGGAUAAACAAUAUUCAAGAGAUCUAAUGGCCGAUCACUUGGCCUGUAAAGUCAUGGACUUAAAAGUUAAAGUAAACCGAAAUAAAACAAUAAUUAGUAAAAAAAGGAAAGAAGAUUUCAUCAGUGAAUUGUCAUUAAUGGUUAGAUUAUCAAAACAUCCAAACAUUGUUAAAAUACUUGACUAUUGUAUUAUUGGUCACAAAUGCUAUCUUUUCAUGGAUUUGGCUGAAAGAGGAAGUCUUGAUAGUGAGCGAAAACGUCACGCGCCUUAUGAGGAAUCUGUGGCCAAACAAUAUUUCUCACAAAUCACUUCAGCCAUCUAUUAUCUUCACUGUGCUCUCGGAAUCGCUCAUUUGGACAUAAAAUUGGGAAACAUUUUGGUAUUUAACAAACAGAGUCCGUUUGAUACCAAUUGUAAAGUGACUCUCAAAGUAACUGACUUCGGCUUAAGUCGACUCCGAAUUGAUUCAAAUGGUAUAAUGAAAGAGUUUGACCCGAGAGGCACCGUUCCCUUUAUGUCACCGCAAGUCCUCCUCCUUUACAUCAAAGAAAAGUUGGACGAAGAGUCACUCUUUGGAGAACAACGACCAUUCAAUCCAUUCAUUGCUGAUAUUUGGGCGCUCGGAGUAUGUCUUUAUAUCUUGUUAUUCAAUGACUACCCAUUUGGCUACGAAAAAGAUCCGAGACUUAUGAAGAAUGUAUUGGAUGACAUGAAACGCAAAUCAUAUUUAGAUAUUUUGCGCAAAAAAGAAAACGAUUUACAAAAGACAUCAAAUCGACAGAAAAAUAAGAGAAACAAAGAAUUGAGCCGAGAAUGUAUGGAUCUAAUUGAAGACUGCAUUGAACCGAAUCCACACAAGAGGUUACCUAUAUAUGAUGUCGCCUGUCAUGUCUGGUUUGAUAACACCUAUACCAUUGAACAGAUCACUUCUCCCGUAUACUUGUCUUCUAUCGAUUAA